UCUGUGAAAUUAAUAUAAACAUUGAUAAUUACAGUGAUAAUAAUUAUAUUAUUAUAAAAACAAAUACUAUACAAUAUUACUAUUUAAAAAGUACUUGAAUUUGAAAAUAGUAAUUAUAAAUUUAUAAGUAUAGUAUACCAAUACCAUAAUAUUAUUGUACCUAUAAUACAAUUUAAUCUUUACUUCUGCAGUUCUAAUAUAGUAAUAUGACAUAGCUAAUACCGAAUAAUAUUACUUGUUACAUAUUACAAUAACGAUAAAAUAUUAUAUAGUAAUAUAGUAUCUUUAAUUAUUACUAUAGUUUGUUUAAAAGAAAAAAAAUGGAUUAUAACGAAGUCAAAGUUAAUCUAAGGAAAUUUGGUUUUCCGCUUUCUACUGAAAAUGCAUUAAAUCAAAUACAGACUAUUAUUAAUGGUGAGACAUCUCGAAAACAACAUUUAAAUGAAGAUCUUGCAAUGGAUUUGAUAUCAGAGUUUAUAUUUUGUGAAACAAAUGAAGAAGGAAAAUCUACUAAGCCAAUGUCUCGAAUUAGGUACUUAGAGCUGCUAGUAAUGAUUUGUGAAUACUUCAAUAAGACAAAAAUUAAACCAGAUAAUGAUAAUUGUUGUGGAGAUACUGCUCUCAAUGCUAUAUUUAUGACUUUGUUCCCUCAAUUUGGUGCACCUCCUCAGCGAACAAAUAUGUUAGUGAGUUUAGUAUCAUUGGCUAUAUCCACUUACACUAAUCUCAUACUCCAAUCUGCUGGUGUACAAAUGCAACAAUUGGGUUGUACAUCUAAGUACAGCUCUCAAUUAGCUGAUGGACUUGUAAAAAAGUUUUUUACUUUUAUAAGUUCUAACUGCUCAUCAUUACAUUUAUUACCACAAAAUGCUCCAUUAUUCACUGCCAAUUUAAUGACGUCAUUAUCGGAACUUUAUUUCAACACAAAAACUACUGACACAAAUAUGACUAUCAAAGAACCACCUCGAGUUGUAUUAGAAACUGUUGUACGGUGGAUCAACUCUGAUCCUUGUUUAUGUUUCACUGCACAUUACACAGAUUUACAACGAGCAUUGCCCAGCGGUGCAAUUCCAAUGGCAGCCACAUUGCCUUUCCUAGGUUUGUUCAGAUGGUGUUUCUUUGCUCCACUUUGUGUGAAAAAUAAUAAUGACUUAGAACUGUACUCUGAACUCCAUUGUGCAUUGAUUGAAAGUGUUAUGCAAGGUUGGAAAGUAUAUUCAGAACAAAACCCAAGAGUCAGCCGUCCUUAUACUUUAAGUGUACAUUCGGUGGUACCUCAACAACUAAAAGAUCUUAUUGAAGAGACCAUUAAAUUAAACGAUCCAGUUUCAAUGCAUGCUGUUGAAAUAGUGGUUGAAAGAUUAACACAGAGCAUACAUGCUGCUAUAAUAUCUGAUACUAUUUUUGGAAAUAAACAGGAUUUGGUUAAUCAAUUAGAAUCACUUCCGGAGAAUGAAGUUCUAAAAACACUUAUUAAACGUAUUCAAGUAUAAAUUUAAUAUGGGAAAUUAAUAAUUGUACUUUUAAUAGUUACAUUUUUAAACUAUAUUAUUUAAGAAAAUCAAAUAUUUAAAUGAAUGAUGCUUUUUUUUUAUUUCUGAUUUAUAAAUACUGUGUAAGAAUAGUAAAAGAUUUAUUAUAAAAAAAAUUAUAUAUCUAUGUUUGUAUUAAACCAAUAUUU